AGGAUGGCGGCGCGGGGCUGGGGGCGGCCGCCGCUGCUCGCGCUCUCGGUGCUGCUGGCAUUGGGCCCCGCCGCCGCGGCGGCCAAGCUCAACAUCCCCAAAGUGCUGCUGCCCUUCACGCGGGCCACGCGCGUGAACUUCACGCUGGAGGCCUCAGAGGGCUGCUACCGCUGGUCAUCGACCCGGCCCGAGGUGGCCAGCAUACAGCCGCUGGAACCUGAUGAGCACCAGUGCUCCCAGAGGGCAGUGGUGCAGGCCCGGCUUACCCAGCCUGCCCGCCUGACCAGCAUCAUCUUUGCAGAGGACAUCACCACGGGCCAGGUCCUGCGCUGUGACGCCAUCGUUGACCUCAUUCAUGGCAUUCAGAUCGUCUCCACCACCCGUGAACUCUACCUGGAAGAUUCACCCCUGGAGCUGAAGAUCCAGGCUCUGGACUCUGAAGGGAACACCUUCAGCACCCUGGCUGGGCUGGCCUUUGACUGGAUGAUUGUGAAGGACGCAGAGGCGGAUGGGUUCUCAGACUCCCACAAUGCACUGCGAAUACUCACUUUCUUGGAGUCUACGUACAUCCCUCCUUCCUACAUCUCAGAGAUGGAGAAAGCGGCCAAGCAAGGGGAUACCAUCCUGGUGUCUGGGAUGAAGACCGGGAGUUCCAAGCUUAAGGCCCGCAUCCAGGAGGCUGUUUACAAGAACGUACGCCCUGCGGAGGUCAGGCUGCUGAUUUUGGAGAACAUCCUUCUAAAUCCUGCUUACGAUGUGUACCUGAUGGUGGGGACCUCCAUCCGCUACAAGGUGCAGAAGAUCAGGCAAGGGAAAAUUGCAGAACUCUUCAUGCCUUCUGAUCAGUACGAGCUGCAGCUUCAGAACAGCAUCCCAGGCCCUGAAGGAGACCCAGCCCAGCCCGUGGCUGUCUUGGCCCAGGACACAUCGAUGGUCACCGCAGUGCAGCUGGGACAGAGCAGCCUCGUCCUCGGCCACAGGAGUAUUCGCAUGCAGGGUGCUUCCCGGCUACCCAACAGCACUGUCUACGUGGUCGAACCUGGAUACCUCGAGUUCACCGUCCACCCUGGUGACAGGUGGGUGCUCGAGACUGGCCGCCUGUACGAAAUCACCGUAGAAGUGUUUGACAAGUCCAGCAACAAAGUCUACCUGUCGGAUAACAUCCGAAUUGAAACUGUGCUUCCUUCUGAGUUCUUUGAGGUGCUCUCAUCUUCCCAGAAUGGGUCAUACCAUCACGUCAGGGCUAUAAAGAGGGGCCAGACGGCCAUCGACGCGGCCCUCACCUCUGUGGUGGACCAGGAUGGAGGGGUCCACACACUACGGGUGCCUGUGUGGAACCAGCAGGAGGUGGACAUUCACAUCCCUAUCACCCUCUAUCCCAGCAUCCUGACGUUUCCAUGGCAACCAAAGACAGGGGCCUAUCAGUACACAAUAAAGGCGCACGGUGGCAGUGGGAACUUCAGCUGGUCUUCCUCAAGCUACAUGGUUGCCACGGUAACUGUCAAGGGCGUGAUGACCACAGGCAGUGACACAGGACUCAGUGUGAUCAAGGCACACGAUGUCCAGAACCCACUGCAUUUCGGGGAGAUGAAGGUGUGUGUGAUCGAGCCCAGCAGCAUGGAGUUCGCCCCGUGCCAGGUGGAGGCACGAGUGGGCCAGACCCUGGAGUUACCACUGAGGAUCAACGGUCUCAUGCCUGGCGGGGCCAGCGAGGUGGUCACCCUGAGCGACUGCUCCCACUUUGACUUGGUGGUGGAGGUAGAGAACAUGGGUGUGUUCCAGCCACUCCCAGGGAGGCUUCUGCCGGGGUCUGAGCACUGCAGUGGCGUCAGGGUGAGAGCCGAGGCCCAGGGCUACACCAUGCUCCUCGUGAGCUACAAACACGGCCACGUCCACCUGAGUGCCAAGAUCACCAUCGCAGCCUACCUGCCCCUCAAGGCUGUGGAUCCCUCUUCUGUUGCCUUGGUGACCCUGGGCUCUUCAAAGGAGAUGCUGUUCGAAGGAGGUCCCAGGCCCUGGGUCCUUGAGCCUUCCAAGUUCUUCCGGAACGUCACCUCUGAGGACACUGACAGCAUCAGUCUGGCUCUCUUUGGCCCCCCUGCCUCCCGGAACUACCAGCAGCACUGGAUCCUUGUGAUCUGCCAGGCCUUGGGCGAGCAGGUCAUUGCCCUCUCGGUGGGAAACAAGCCCAGCCUCACCAACCCCCUCCCCGCGGUGGAGCCCGCUGUGGUGAAGUUCGUCUGUGCCCUGCCGUCCAGGCUCACCCUCACACCUGUCUACGCCAGCCCCCAGCUGGACCUGUCCUGUCCACUGCUGCAGCAGAACAAGCAGGUGGUUCCGGUCUCCAGCCAUCGCAACCCCCUGCUGGACCUGGCCGCCUAUGACCAGCAGGGCCGCCGAUUCGACAAUUUCAGUUCUCUAAGUGUCCAGUGGGAGUCCACCAGACCGUUGCUGGCCAGCAUCGAGCUUGACCCACCCAUGCGGCUGGUGUCCCAGGACGAUGGGAGCGGCCAGAAGAAGUUGCAUGGUUUGCAGGCCAUCUCAGUUCACGAGGCAUCGGGAACCACAGCCAUCUCUGCCACUGCGACUGGCUACCAGCAGUCCCACCUCAGCACAGCCCUAGCGAAGCCGCUGCACGCCCCUCCCAUGCCUGUGACGGCAUCCAUAGAGCUCAUUCUGGUGGAGGACGUGAGGGUGAGUCCAGAAGAGGUGACCAUCUACAACCACCCUGGCAUCCAGGUGGAGCUCCGUGUCCAAGAAGGUUCUGGGUAUUUCUUCCUCAACACGAGCACCGCAGAUGUCAUCAGGGUGGCCUACCAGGAGGCCAGGGGCAUUGCCACGGUGUACCCUUUGCUCCCGGGCUCGUCCACCAUCAUGAUACAUGACUUGUGCCUGGUCUUCCCGGCCCCAGCAAAGGCUGUCAUUUAUGUCUCGGACAUCCAAGAACUGUACAUCCGUGUGGUUGACAAGGUGGAGAUUGGGAAGACAGUUAAGGCAUAUGUCCGCGUGCUGGACUUCUACAAGAAGCCUUUCCUAACCAAAUACUUCGCCUUCAUGGACCUGAAGCUCCGAGCAGCCUCUCAGAUCAUCACAUUGGUGGCCCUCGAUGAAGCCCUCGACAACUACACCGCCACGUUCCUCGUCCACGGCGUGGCCAUUGGCCAGACCAGUCUGACCGCAAGUGUGACUGAUAAAGCCGGACAGAGAAUCAACUCAGCCCCACAACAGAUCGAAGUCUUUCCUCCAUUCAGGUUGAUACCCAGGAAGGUGACGUUGAUUAUCGGGGCUAUGAUGCAGAUUACCUCUGAGGGCGGCCCCCAGCCUCAGUCCAACAUCCUCUUCUCCAUCAGCAACGAAAGCAUCGCUGUGGUGAGCGGUGCUGGGCUGGUGCAGGGCCUCGCCGUGGGCAAUGGCACCGUGUCAGGGGUCGUGCAGGCAGUGGAUGCAGAGACUGGCAAAGUCGUUAUCGUUUCUCAGGAUCUUGUGGAGGUGGAGGUACUGUUGCUCCGGGCAGUGAGGAUCCGCGCCCCCAUCACACGAAUGAGGACGGGGACCCAGAUGCCUGUCUACGUCACCGGGAUUACCAACAACCAGAACCCUUUCUCUUUUGGCAAUGCUGUGCCAGGCCUGACCUUUCACUGGUCUGUCACCAAGCGGGAUAUCCUGGAAGUCCAAGGGCGGCACCACGAGGCAUCUGUCCAGAUCCCGUCACAGUACAACUUUGCCAUGAACGUGCACGGCCGGGUGAAAGGCCGGACGGGGCUGAGGGUGGUGGUCAAGGCUCUGGACCCUGCAGCUGGGCAGCUGCAUGGCCUCGCCAGAGAACUCUCUGAUGAGAUCCAAAUCCAGGUUUUUGAGAAGUUGCUGCUGCUGAAUCCUGAAAUAGAAGCAGAACAAAUACUAAUGUCUCCCAACUCAUUUAUAAAGCUCCAGACAAACAGGGAUAGUGUGGCCUCUCUGAGCUACCGAGUUCUGGAUGGGCCUGAGAAGGUUCCUGUCGUGCACAUAGAUGAGAAGGGCUUCCUGGUGUCGGGGUCUGUGAUCGGGACAUCCACAAUCGAAGUGAUUGCUCAAGAACCUUUCGGGGUCAACCAAACCGUCAUUGUUGCCAUAAAGGUGUCUCCUGUUUCUUACCUGAGGAUUUCCAUGAGCCCUGCCCUGCACACCCAAAGCAAGGAGGCUCUGGCAGCCCUGCCUCUGGGAAUGACCAUUACCUUCACUGUCCACUUCCACGACAACUCCGGAGACAUCUUCCACACUCACAAUUCAGUCCUCAACUUUGCCACUAAUAGAGAUGACUUUGUGCAGAUUGGGAAGGGUCCCACCAACCACACCUGCAUCGUCCGCACUGUCAGCGUUGGCCUGACACUGCUCAGCGUACAGGACAUGGAGCACCCGGGCCUCUCUGACUUCGUCCCGCUGCCCGUUCUACAGGCCAUCUCCCCGGAGCUGUCUGGAGCUGUGGUGGUGGGGGAUGUCCUCUGCCUGGCCACAGUUCUGACCAGCCUUGAAGGCCUCUCAGGAACCUGGAGCUCCUCAGCCAACAGCAUCCUCCACAUCAACCCCAAGACAGGCGUGGCUGUGGCCCGGGAUGCAGGAUCUGUGACGGUGUACUACGAGGUCUCUGGGCACCUGAGGACCUACAAGGAGAUAGUGAUCAGCGUCCCUCAGAGGAUCGUAGCCCAUAGAGUCCACCCUGUCCAGACCAGUUUCCAGAAGGCCACAGCCUCCAGAGUGAUCGUCACUGUGGGAGACGGAAGCUCUAACUUGAGAGGUGCGUGCUCCCCCACCCAGAUGGAAGUCCUCGAGACCUUGCACCCAGAGUCCCUUCUCAGCUGCCAGCUGCAAUUCAAGCAGGACAUGGUGGAUUUCUCAGCACGUGAUGUUUUCACUGUAGAGCCGGGGUUCGACGCUGUUCUAGGCCAGUACCUCUGCUUGGUCACGAUGCACAGGCUGACGGACAAGCAGCUGAAGCGCCUGAGCAUGGAGAAGACAGCUUUGGUGGUCACUGCCUCCAUCCCUGGCAGCCUCUUCUCUGUGGAGCAGGUUGGGGCUGAAGUGCCCUUCAGCCCAGGGCUCUACGCUGACCAGGCUGAAAUCCUUUUGAGCAACCACUACACCAGCUCCGAGGUCAAGGUCUUUGGUGCCAUGGAGAUUCUGGAGAGCCUGGAGGUGAAAUCCGGAUCCCCGGCUGUGCUGGCCUUCGUGAAGGAGAAGUCUGUCGGGCCACCCAGCUUUAUAACAUACAUGGUCGGUAUCUCAGACCCUGCAGCCGGCAGCCAGGGACCUCUCUCCACUACCCUGACCUUCUCCAGCCCCAGGACUAACCAAGGCAUCAUCAUCCCAGUCACUGUGGCCUUUGUGAUGGAUCGCCGUGGGCCUGGUCCUUACGGAGCCAGCCUCUUUCAGCACUUCCUGGACUCCUACCAAGUCAUGUUCUUCACGCUCUUUGCCCUGCUGGCUGGGACAGCUGUCAUAAUCAUAGCCUACCACACAGUCUGUGCACCCCGGGAGCUCACCAUGCCUCCAGCCCUCGUGCCUCCAGCCAGCCCCCAGCACAGCCCCCACUAUUUGGCUGCCUCAUCCCCGACGUCUUUCACUGCUCUGCCUCCUGGUCGCAAAUCCAGCCCUGCCUCGGGGCUGUGGAGCCCAGCCUACGCCUCCCACUAGGCAGCAGCAUCGAGGGGCCAGGGCCAGGGCUAAAGGCCACUCCUCACGGAAGCCCUGAGACCUGCCUCGCACACUUCGAUGACAGGGACAUCCCUAUCCCGUUUGCGCUGGAACAAGCCCCUCCACACCUGAGCCCCCGUCCCCAGGCCAGCCUCACUGCUGCCGCUGUUUUGAUAGUGUUUUAGAUAAGUGGUGCUUAUACGCAGGAGUUUCACGUUUGUUUUUUAUCCUUCCAAAUCUUGCAUAGCUAAGUAAGACUUUUUGGCUCAUUCCUUCAUGAAUGGUUGUCUAGGAUUUCUAGACAAUGUGCAGUUGUGUUUUUAUCUUCCUAGUUUCACUAAAAUCCCUCUCUUCUCAAGAAUGAGCAGUUAGAAACUGUGUUUAGAAGUUGUCUGUAGUGGUGUUAUGGUAGUGCUCUCAGGGAUUGUCUAAUUACUUUUGGGUUUUUUGGUGGGUUUUUUCCCCCUGUGAAACGUACUUUUCCCCUAGUCCGGCUGCUGCUAGGAAAUUCGGGGAGCAGAGGGACGUGAGUGUCCCAUGCCUGCCCCGCCAUUGCACAAGAAGCCUCAGGAACGCAGCAUGCUGAGCCCCUGGAUAGCUGAGCCCGUGGCACGUGGGAGGCUGGAAAGCCAUGUGUGCCCAACACGGGCCUGCUUUUCCUACUCUUCAGGCCACUGUGAAUAGACUUCAGUCCCUUGUGUUUUUUUGUUUCCUAAGCUGUUGGAACAUCUGGUGGACUUGGCUUCAGCCCCGCUGAGAUGUCCUGAGUGGGGGUCUCUCUCACUCUCCCUGUCCUGGCUUCUCCAUCAGUGUAGGGAUGUCCAGUGUGGUCCUUAGGAAAGCGUCCUUGAGCCGGCAGCAGGGAUCCUCUUUUCUGUUUGUUUUGAGAAGCCGUUGUGUUCUCUGCCUCAGCACAAAGACCAGUGUUACUCGUCCCUCUCUUUUGUACAAUGCUGAUGAUGCUCGAGUACCUCAGCAGAUCUGAGCCACUGCAGCCAGCUCCUAGCAGGCCCCGGAGCCCAGCCCAGGCUAAGCUGGGGUGUCUGGGGGCCCCCCUCCAGGAGGGGACUCCCCACAGAGCUGGGGGAGGAGAAGGACUCUGGAAACCCCUCCUCUGCCCAGCUCCUGUCCAGGGUUGAGACUUUCAGAAUGUGAUGCCAUGGUGCCGCACCACUCUCAGGGAGAUCCAGAGGCUUGUGCCCCAUAGCUGCCCACGUGUGACGUUGUGUGUGGAGAGGCCAGUCUGACUCUGAGGAUCCAGUGUGAUCCACUUCCGUCCUUUGUGGCUAGGCCAUGCAAUUGAGUUUUCUAAAGCUGGAGAAAGGAAGAACUGUGCCUUGAAUUACUUGAGCUCAGACUGACAACCUGGAUGUAAACAGGAGCAUUUCUACUUAGUUUAUUUAAU